GUUUUGGGUUUCAAACAAUUCGGAAUAGACAAGUGUAAAGAAGAGUCGCUGGAGAGCGUUAAAUUGGACGCAAGACGCAAACGGUUUAGUGUUCUGCUGAAAGGGAAACCCCAUAAAAGAAAACUGGAGGAACGAAAAGAAAAACGGGAGGAGAAGCAACAGCUUCUGCUUGACGAACAGGAAGCGGACAGCGUGUGUUUCGUUCGGGAGAAGGAGUACCCGUCCCCUCGUGUCGAGUUGGAGUUUCAGCUUCAUGAAUUUCGGCACCCGUCAGUACAGCCAUCAACAACAGCAGUAUCAUCAACAGCAGCAGCAACACCACCACAACCGACAGCAGUUUCGGCGACUGUUGCCGCUGCUGUUGCUGCAGCUACUAACAACACAGGCAGCAACAGCAGCAGUAGCUGCAUUAGUAUCAUCAGCAGCAACAACAACAGCAUCAGCAGCAGCAGUUUAACCAGUAGAGGAACGACAACAACUCAACUGUACAGUCAUCCGUUGAGUAACGAUGGCAGCAGCAGCAGCAACAACAACAACAACAACAACGGCAGUAGCAGCAGCAGCGACAAUGUUAACAACAACAGCAUCAAUACCAGCAAUAAUGGUGGCAGCAACAACAACAACAGUAAUAGCAGUAGCUCCACCAUUUUCCCCGUUGUCACACCAACCACGGCUGCAAGUCCCGUUCGACCACGAAACUUACAGCAGCAACCGCAUCCUCAACAGGCCCCAAGCAACACAUAUUUUCAGCAGCAGCAACAACACCAGCAGCAACAACAACAGCAGCAGCAACAACAACAACAACAACAACAACAACAACAACAACAACAACAAAGACCACCUUUAAGUCAAACACAAACGACGCCGAUCCAAUUAAAAGUGCAAUCUCAACAACAACAGCAACAACAACGCCAACAUCUUGACUUGCUUAACAACCAGCAUCGUCGUGCACCACCCCAACAACAGCAACAACAACAGCCGCAGCCACAACAACAGCAACAACAACAACAACAACAACAGCUGCAACUGAAAAACAUUGACAGAAGAUCCAACAAUCUCACAACUGCGUCUGCGAUUAAGACUAACAACAGCAGCAGCAGCAACACAAGUACAAGCAGCAGCGCUAGCAGCCCUCACAACGACACCAUUUCACCGUCUCACAACGCUGCCAGGAACGUUCUGGGUACAAGUGUGACCAACCCCAACGCCACUGCCGCCAACACCAACACCAACAACAAUGGCAGCAGGUGCGCUAACCAAGUGACUACCACCACUCAGAUGUCCUCGCAGACACCGGCCGUUUCAUCGUCCGGUGCUCACAAUCCAGUGCAGUCACCGGCGUUAGAACUGAGACGGCUGGUCCCGCAGCUGAAACCACCUUCGCGAAAGGUGUACCAUCACCACCACUACUAUAACCACAACCAUCGUCAUCAUCAGCAGCAAUCACACCAACAACUACAGCGACAACAGCAGAAAAAGCAACAGCAACAGCUGCGCUUGCAAUUGCAGCCGAGCAGCUUUCAUGCUCAGUUUGAGGCGCAACGUCAACGGGUCCAGAACCCUCAGUUGACAGAAACUUCGCCAGCAGCAACAGCGGCAGCAGCAUCUACACCACCGCCACCACAACCACCACAGCCACAAACACAAACACAACCAAAUGCAUUAUCACAACAACAACAACAGCAACAACAACCGGCAGCGUCAAGACAACAACAACUGCAGCAACAGAAACAACAAUUUCAAUUGCAACUCUUACAAACACAACCGCAGCCUCAACCACAACAACAACCGCCUAAACAAUCCCCAUCACAGCAACAACAACAACAACAACAACAACAGCAACAAACCUCAAAUUACACCCAACAAAAAGAGCAACAGAAACAACUACAACAACUACAGCAACAACAAAACUAUCAGAACCAGCAUCAGCUCGGUUACAGCUACCCUCAUUCGCCAAGCCAACAACAACAACAACAACAACAACAACAACAACAACAACAACAACAACAACAACAACAACAGCAACCACAACCACAACAGACAACUACAUCACGACAAGCACCACCACCACCACUACCACCGCCACAGCAACACCAACCACAACAACACUUGCAGCUAAGGUCGGCGACAGCAACCAUCGCUGCAGCAACUGCAGCAGCUAUAACGAUCUCGUCAAUAGCAUCGACAGUGACCCCGACAGAGACGAUCACAACGACAACGACUACAACAUCGACGGCAGCAAUAAGAGAUGCCACAGCGACGACAUCAGCAACGUUAUCACCGUCAUCAGCAUCCAUUUCAUUAGUGUCAUCAUCCUCUUCAUCUUCAUCGUUUUCACCUUGUCGGCAAAAUCCUUAUCAAAUUUCUAACUUUAGCUUCGUACAGAGUCCCUCGCAUCUUCGUUCUCAGACACACAGCAAGCAUAGCAACAACAACCACCUAAACAGGCAACAACAACAACAACAACAACAACCACAACAACAGCAACCACAUCAACAACAACAACCACAACAACCGCAGCUAUCAAAACAAACGCAAAACAUUAACUUUACUAGCAGUCCACUUUCUGGUACUCACCAUCAACAAACGCAACAGCAACAACAACAACAACAGCCAGCAUCGUCACAACAACAACAACAACAACAGCCUCAGCCUCAUUCUAAAUCGUCAGAGGCAGCCCAGGUUCAAAACUCAUUCAAUCCGGAUAAUUUACUGAAUGAUCAACUUGUUCAACUCCAGCCAAUUAUAUUUCCUAGCUACCGCCAUCUUAAUAAUAAUAGUAACAACAACAACAACAACAGCAACAACAACAACCAGCAACCUCAUUCUCAUCAUCAUCACCACAACCAACAUCAUUAUUACUCGCAUCAUGAACAACAACAACAACAGCAACAACAACAACAACAACAACAACAACAACAACAACAGCAGCAACAACAGCAGCAGUUUCAUGUGGAAAGGGAAAAAGAGAAAAGAAACAACGAUGGCGGCAGCGACGAGAGAGAAGAGAAAGGAAGACGAAGAAAAGAGAAAGGGGAGAGAGAAGAGGAAGAGAGAGGAAGAGGAGGAGGAAGAAAGGCGAAAGAUGAUUACGACGAUGACGAAGAAGAUGAUAUCGAAGAGGAGAGAGAACAACAGCAACCCCUAUUGUCUUCUUCGCCGCAGACACCACCAAGCCACGAGUAUGAGCUGGCAAACAGCAUCUCCUGGUUCACCGCCAGUGAAUCGUAUGAGAGGAGAAACACGUCGUACAGCGGCAUAGCUGCCUCUACCAUCACCAACAUGUCUGAAUUAGCAGAUGGAAGUUGUUACAGCCUGUCAACACACCAAAAUCCUACUCCGGCCUCCUGCAAUGUGCUCACACCAGAAGCAGACAGCGAUAUCACAGAAAGUUUCCGUUCGGUUCGAGAUGAACUUCUCACUGGUUCCACCGAAUAUCUGCCAGCCACCGACGGAGGUUUCGGGUUUACGUACGGAAGUGGUACGGGCAACCCUUUCGUGACAAGUGGCGGCGUUGUGACACAGGAUCAUCGACGUCGCAGUGGCGGUUCGCGCCUCGGUCUGGGCGGUUACCGUGCCACCAACACCGGCAUCAAUUCGACGGUUGCCGCCACCGCCGCUGCCGCAGCCGCACACGCCGCCGCAGCAGCCACUAACUCGUUGCUGCACCGACAACCUUACUACAGCGUCACUCCCACA